CUGCCUGUGAGCAGGAGAUCAUCAGAGAUCACUGUGACCCUAAUCUGCUUAAUCACAUUAAGGCUGCUAAAACCUCUUCCAACUACAGUGUCAUUGCCUGUGGCCAGGUGGCACGGACCAACAAACACCUUGACAACAACAACUUCUGCACUAUACAGUAUUUCUGCACACAAAUAUCAAGGAAGAGAUGUUUGCAAAACCUGGGGCUCCCCAGCGAGAAGAAAUGUCGACCAUCCGAGUUAAAAAUACCAUGUUGCUUCUGAAUGGCCAAAACCUCCGGCUGGCCGCUAAAAAUGGCCGCGUUUCAAAAACACCUGGUCGCCAUCUGUCAGCGAAACACGGAAAGGAGGCGGUGGGUCAGCUUACGGCCUCUCCGGUGACGCAGGAGGGCACCGCACAGUUGGAGCUCAAACCAACCAGGCCUGACUUAGAGAGAGAGGCUGAGAAUCAGCCCGUGAGACGCCCCCUGAAGCUGGCCCCGCUGGAGCUGCCAGAGGAGGUGAAGGAGGCUCAGAGGCAGAAACUUAAGUUUGGCCAGCAAGAAGCUAAACCAGCUUCCUGCAAACUGGAUGUGACACUGAAUGCAACAAGGAAGGUUAAGUCAAGUGUGCGACAGAGACCGAUAAAAGCUGCUCCGUCCCCCUCUGCUUCCACUCAGACACUCAAAGCCCAGCAGCAAAACAGAUCGUUGAGGCCCCAGCCGACACACCCCAGCCCCGCCGAGCAGAACGGAGACAGGCAUCUGGAGGACGUGGUGUGUCGAGGUACCCCCGCUCCCCUGUGCAGCAAACCCGCCCCUCCUCUACUUUCUCCCCGAGGUAAAGCUCAGGCCUCACGUGGUGGAGAGACCACACGCCCGAGCCUCAGCUCCCUCCAGCAGGAGACUGCAGGCAGGCGGCGACUGAGGCUGAGGAGAGUGCAGUGCCUGGAAGAGGAUCAGUGCAAUACAAACAUGUCAACAGGGGGAUUAUCUGCAGUUGAAGACAAGCUGGCCCAAGGUGUCCGAGGCACAGGGCAGCAGCUCGCUGGUAAAGGCAUCAAGGAGCCUCCUGCAGCCUCCUUGGAGAGAGGAAGCAUCAGGAAGAGCCAUCAGGACGUUUGCUGUCAGCAGGCUGGAGGAAGCACUCUCAACCGGCAGUCAGCGGAAGGUGGAAGCAGUGGACAUGCACCUGACAGUGUCAGGCCGAAUGCUUCUAACUGGAAAUCAAAGAGGAAAAAAGCCUUGAUCGCAAAGCAUAAAAAUACAGUCGCUGUGGAGCAACUCCAACUGUGAUACACAAUCUGUCACGUCUGCAGCUGAGGACAUAGCAAAUGACGCACAUGGAAGACACAACAGAAACAGUCAUGUUAUUCAGUUAACAGUUAUUCAUGUCAAACAGUCAUGUAUAACUUUUUGAGUUAAUUUCUUACUGAUGUAUAAUUUAAUUUUUUGUCCAAGAAACAGUAAUAUGAACGAUAUAUUAACCAUAUCAUGUAAACUAUCGUUAAAUGUGUCAAUAUACACAGUUUUUGUCCUUUUUUAUGAGCCACAAUAUCUCAAAUCUACUAAAACCCUUCAUGUUUUUUUUUAUCACAAACCACAACACGAACAAUAACAACAAACAUCUCUGAAAUGUGUCACUUCCUCACAAACAAAUGCUAAUUGCUGCUUUACAGUCAAUACAAAGUGACCAACAAACUGACAAUAAGUAAAACCAGUACACACAAACACACACACACACACACAAACACACAGAUUCAUAUGUUACCUUGUUGUUAAACUUUAUUGUUCUAUUUUAUUUUCCUGUGUCUAGUUUCACAAGCUGGGGACAUUUCCUCAGGUUCCUUGUCCGCUGUCAUCACUUUUUCUGUCAACAGAGACAGAAUCAACACAUGUCUUUUUCAUUAGGAGUAAUGUCUCUGGUUGUUCCCUCUGGUGUUGCACAAUUUCAUUUGCAGAUUUGCUGGAUUUCUCCGAAAAGGCUCUAACGCCACAACUCACAAAACGUUUGCGUCAGAUCAAGUUGCCUUUUUUGGUUUUGUAUUUCAUGCACUUUAAUUUCAGUGUAUUUGAUACAGUGAGCUGUAACAACUUAUUGCUAAUGGACCUUUAAGGGGUUUUCCCAGUGAUAGGACAAUUCAGAUCUCCCUGUUUUAAAACACUGAUGAGGCGGUUUCACUAUUUGGAUUGUGGAGUUGAAUAAACUGUAGAAAGUUCUAUGCUUUAUAUUUCAAA